UGGGAGGUGGAACAUAUGAAGAUAGCGUGUCCACAACUCGGACAAAACUCGAGGUCACGAACCUCGGCGAAACAUAGAUGCAAUAAUUGCAAGAAAAACCACAUGGGUAGGUGUUGGGAUCCUCCUAAAUGUUACCAAUGUGGGGAGGCGGGGCAUAUGAAGGUGGCAUGCCCCCAACUCGGGCGAAGACGAGCCACAAGGGUUGAUGGUGGAACCUCGGGAGGCAAAGGCCAAGCAAGAACAUCUCAUUCAAGCACGGGAGAUGGAGGGAUUAUGAAAGGCAAGUCAUCCUUCGUGAUCGAGGGAGAAACUCAAGAAUCGGUCAGUCCAAUUGCAUCGGUAGAUGCUCGGGAAGAAACCCAACCCUAUUGAAGUUUUCAGGUAGAAGCUAGAGCUUGCUUCCUGUACCCGUUGCUUCGGGAGUUCUUGGAGAGAAGACGUGGUUCGUGCUUCCUCCGUUCUGUUUUCAAAACAAUUACAAUGAUGCUCAUGGAUAAUAUUUUCUAAUAAAUUAUUGAGGGCUUGUAUGCCCAAGUUUGCCAAGUGUGGCUUGAACACUUGUAAUAUUGUUUCCGC